GACACCGCGAGUCUAUAGUUUCCAUACAAAUGGAUCAACUCUCCCUCACCUCUCUACCUCUCUCUCUCUCUCUAGUGAUUCGUUAAUGGCGAUCUCAUCCAAAUCCACUCAUUGACAACAUCACCUUCACGAAACACGCACACAGAAGUGAUGGGUCACCAUCACCACCACCAUAACACCAGCGAUGGAAUCUCCCAGCGAGUCAACAGCCCUCGUUUCUCGGGUCCAAUGACUCGCCGAGGCCACUCUUUCAAGCGCAACACCGUCACCAGCAACACCCAUGGCAGCAAGGACGACAGCAGCAACAUUAACGAGAGCAAUAAUGGCAGUAAUAUUACCGGUUUCAGUAACCACCAUGAAAUUGACCUCCACCUCAGCUCACCCAGAUCCGAAAUGGGCGCCGACUCGGUUGCCCUCGAUGGGUUCGAGUCAUUCUUAGAAAGGAAGCAAAGCCACCACCACGUGAACCAGAGGGUUCAUGGGGGUUUAGUCAGGCGCUUGCUAAGGAGUCCUGUGGGAUCUGUAAUGGUAGAGUUGGGGUUGAGGGAGAGGAAGAAGCUUGGCCAUUGGAUGUUUUUGCUGUUCUGUGGGGCGUGUCUGUUUCUGGGUCUUCUAAAGAUUUGUGCUACAGGAUGGUUUGGAUCUGCCAUUGAAAGAGCUGCGUCCAAUCAGGAUUCAACUGACUCCAUCACUGGUCUAAAUCUAAUGGAUCAAAGCUCUCAUGAAUAUGGAUAUAGGGAGGGAGGAAGUGAUGUGGAACGGACUCUAAUGAUGGUGGCAUCGGGUAUAGUUGGCAGCCAAAAUGGCAAGGCUGAAGGCUCAGGUAUCUGGUCCAAACCAGAUAGUGAGAAUUUCACCCAGUGCAUCGACCGGUCAAGCAGUCACAAACAGCUGGAUGCAAAGACAAAUGGAUACAUCCUUGUAAAUGCUAAUGGAGGCUUAAAUCAGAUGAGAUUUGGGAUUUGUGAUAUGGUUGCCAUUGCGAAGGUUAUGAAUGCAACACUUGUCCUGCCUUCGCUUGAUCACACCUCCUAUUGGGCUGAUGAGAGUGGAUUUAAAGAUCUUUUUGAUUGGCAACACUUCAUCAAAACUCUGAAACAUGAUAUCCACAUAGUGGAGACGUUGCCACCUGCCUAUGCUGGACUUGAGCCUUUCAACAAAACACCAAUAUCUUGGUCCAAGGUCAGUUAUUAUAAUACUGAGGUCCUCCCUCUUCUAAAGCAGCACCAAGUAAUCUAUUUCACUCACACUGAUACUCGGCUUGCCAACAAUGAUAUCCCAAGUUCCAUUCAAAAGCUGAGGUGCCGUGUAAAUUACAAGGCUUUGAAAUAUUCAGCUCCAAUAGAAGCACAUGCAAACACCUUGGUUUCUAGAAUGCGACAGAAUGGAAGCCCUUAUCUUGCCCUCCAUUUGAGAUAUGAGAAGGAUAUGCUUGCAUUUACUGGCUGCAGUCAUAAUCUGACUGCAGAAGAAGAUGAUGAGCUACGUAGGAUGCGGUAUGAAGUCAGCCACUGGAAGGAGAAAGAGAUCAAUGCGACAGAAAAAAGGUUGCUUGGAGGCUGCCCAUUGACCCCCAGGGAAACAGCCCUUCUGCUUAAAGGGCUUGGUUUUCCAUCUAGCACCAGGAUUUACUUGGUAGCUGGUGAAGCUUAUGGUAAUGGAACUAUGCAAUACCUUAAGGAUGAUUUCCCAAACAUCUUCUCCCAUUCCAGUCUCUCUACAGACAAAGAGCUUAUUCCUUUCAAGAACCACCAGAACAUGCUGGCCGGUAUAGACUAUGUUGUUGCCCUCCAGAGUGAUGUGUUUGUUUAUACUUAUGAUGGCAAUAUGGCAAAGGCAGUUCAAGGUCAUAGGCGCUUUGAGGACUUUAGGAAGACCGUCAAUCCUGACAAGAUGAAUUUUGUUGAACUUGUUGAUAAGCUUGAUGAAGGCAAAAUCUCCUGGAAGAAAUUUAGUUCCAAAGUGAGAAAGCUUCACAAAGACCGUGUUGGAGCUCCAUACCGAAGGAAGCGUGGGGAGUUUCCAAAGCUGGAGGAAAGUUUUUAUGCAAAUCCCCUUCCUGGAUGUAUUUGUGAAACCAGACAGAAGUUGAAAGUAAAUCAUUAGGUUUUGUAAUUUUAUUUAAUGGUGUUCAGAUGCAUGCAAAAGACAUUGAAGGCUGGGUGCCAUUACUAGAGCGAUAUUGUCUCGGGAAGUGACAAUCUCAAACUUCACAAAUUCUGAGAGAAAAGAUAUGGUAGAAGAUGCUCCUGUUUAUAGGUGGAAGAACUCAAAGAAGUCCCUGGUUCAGUGUGGAACCAAUACAAUGAAGCUGUGAUCGCAGCAGACUAAUUCAAGGUUGACUGCAGUCAGGUUAGGUAUACCACUCCUAAGAGAGACGUCUGAAAAGGAAACUUUCUUACUGUAAAUUGCAAAACCACAUACUUCUCAAAACAAAUGUAUCUUCUCUGGAAAGGGGAGGGGAGGGGAGGGGAGGGGAGGGGAGGUUGGGUGGAUUGCAUGUACCCCAAUUUUGUAGUUGGAAAAAAAGAAUGAGAGGUGGGGCGAUACGAAAUGUACUGUAUUAUUUCGAGAUAUCAAUGAUAGAACAAUUGGGAUUUUAACUAA